ACACAUAAGUAUUAAAGAGUAUAGCUUCCACAAUACUGCGUGGGGACUGCAUGAAGGGAAUACAAGUGAAAGCAACAACUACGCUCACGGUCUCAGGUUAAAAUCUAAAAUUCGCGCAGUUUAGAAGUGACCAAUUCACUGGAGAUCUCAGAAGGAUGUAAUUUGAUUUUUAUUUCUAUCACAGAUUUGUACCCGAUGCAUUUUCGAUAACGAUGGAAGUUGGGACGUUUUUGCAAAACAUACAUAUAUGGAUGACUAGUGAAUACUGAGACGGUUUGCGAUAGCCGAAUGUUUCUACAUGAAUAUGUGAGGAAUCCGGAUUGCGCGAGAACGGGAAGUUCAAAUAUUUUUGAAAUAUAUGAACCUGUUUCAUCAAGUAAAUACUAUCCACACGUUGUCUGAAUGAUUCCCAUACCGUUAACCUCGUAUCUACCAUCUUACAAGGAGGUCAAGGAGCCGGAUUAUAUGGUGACCGGUUAGUUGGUAAUCCUUCAAAUCUAAACGUUAUACUGGGUGACGUGAUAAAGUAACUAUGGCAACGUACAUUGGACCACUAAGAUCCUAUGUAUCUGGUAUCAUCUUUGGAAGUUUUAUAUUUGGUAUGUGUUAUUGCUUUUCCAGCUAUGCCUCACAAUUCAUUGAGGGUUCAAUAACCCAGACCAAAGCGGAAAACUUUAAACGAGACACGGCGCACAGCAGCCAUCUUAAAAGUGAGCGCGAUGGUUCUAAUUCUGCAGGCGUCGGGACGAAAUUUCCUGAUAUAGACCUGACUACGAUGCAAUGUCCGAUGAAGGACUCCGCGAUAGAUCCUAGCAUCCUUGCCCAGUUAGACUGUAAGAAGCGGCUUCCUCACGUCAUCGGGAUCGGGAUGGAGAAGUGCGGGACCGGAGCCCUGUCGUUCUUCCUGGCCAGCCACCCUUCUCUCGUCCAUUCUGUUCCCCAAGAGAUUUACUAUUGGAACAAGAAUAAAGAGAAGAGCCUCGAGUGGUACCGAGACCAGAUGCCAAUCUCCUCCAAACACCAGGUAACAAUGGAGAAAACGCCGUCGUACAUCUUUGAAAAAGACACGCCGGCGAGGAUCAAAGCGCUGAUGCCCGAGACCAAAUUCAUCGUCAUGAUCCGGGAUCCGAUUGUCCGAGCUGUUUCGGAUUACCUCCAUCUCCAAAAUAUCGGUCUUCCAGAGUACUUUAAACCGCGGAUAGUUCCACCAGGCUAUGAACCGCUGUGUUACGUCAAUACAACCUUUGAAGGAUCCGUUAUUAAACCGAAUGGUGAAGUCAAUACGGAUAAUGCCAUCCUUUCGCACAGUGCAUACGUGUUAUAUCUUAGGAAAUGGAUUGAGCUUUUUCCUCGGCAUCAAUUCCUCGUCAUAGACGGCGAUGAAUUUGUUAAGAAUCCUUUACCAGUCUUACAACAGGUCGAGUCUUUCUUAGGUAUUCCCAACUACUUCAACGAAAAGAUCAUCUACUUUGACGAGGAGAAAGGCUUCUUCUGCAAGUCGAAACAGCGCGGUUUGGGUACCGUCUGUGCGGGAGCUACAAAAGGGAGACCUCACCCAAACGUUGACGAUGACGUCAUCAGAAAACUGAGAAGUUACUUCCGGCCCUACAAUACUCAACUGGAAGAUAUGUUGGGCAUGCUCUUCUCGUGGAGUUAGAGGGCAGUCCAACCUCGGUAAUAAGUUGAGUUGUGUGCAAGUAGACACAUUAUAGAAACGGGUUGGUGAAUGUGUAAAGGAAGAUUAAUAAGUACCAAAAAAAUGUUAAAAAUACCAGCGCAGUAACAGUAUUACUGGGGUUGCAGUUAUGAUAUGUUAUUAACUCGUCAUCAUGAAUAUGAUCUACGCUUUCAGAAAUAAUUUCUUAUUAUUUAUUCCAUUUUGUUCAAGCUUUCAAUAGUUUCAUUAAAACCUGUUUCUCUAACUGUUCUGCUUCAAUUAAUUUGCUAUCAAGUGUGGAUUUCCCUUUAAGUCUGUCAAACGUAGACCUUCGGAUUUGAGCUUGGAAUGAUUUGAAGCUUAUUUAUUUCCAUGUAAUAUACAUCAUUAUGUUUAUAACAUUUUAGCAUGUAAAAUUGUACAUAGAAAAAUUGGACGUCAUAAGCACAAUUUCAAUUGACGUCCUCAUCAUACAUAAACAGUUUGUACAGUAGAAAUUUAUGCAAUUUAUUAUUAUCAUUAUUAGGUCUUAGGCGUCACCUGGAGGAGGGAGAGAGGGA